GUGGAACUGGCUGUAUUUUGUUGUGUACAAUUUUCCAUCUGACAGACAUACAAAAAAAAAUAAAAGAAAACCCGGAAAAACGAAAAAUUUCAUUCCUGAAAAAUAAAUUUUCACUAAACUUACAACUAAAUUUUACGAAAAAAAAUUAAUUAUUUGCGUUCUAAUGUCUGAAGUACGCACAAAAGUUCUUCAACUCUAUAAACAGCUUCAAUUUCUUGGUCGCGAAUACCCUGGCGGAGCUAAUAAGUUCCGUCAACAAUGUCAUGAUGCAUUCAUAAAAAAUAAAAACGUACAAGACCCAAAACAAAUUAUGGCUUUGGUUGCUAAAGGACGUUAUGUAGCCAAGGAAUUGGAGGCACUUUAUUCGUUAAAGAAAUAUCGUGCCAUGAAGCAGCGUUAUCAAAAGAAUUAAAUCAAAAUUUAAUUCACGAAUCGAAGUUCAACUUUGAAGAUGCCAUAAAAUAUUAAUUAUAAAUAACAGACUCGAAAAAUUAUCAGCAAAAUGCAAUUAUUGGCUUCCAAUUUGUAUCAAUUUCCUCCAAAGACUUGUGUUUUAUCCUUUAGUUUUCUGUGUUUUUAUAUACUUUAUAUUGUUCAUUUGUAAAUCGAUUGUUAUCAAGCGGAAUAAUAAAAUUAAUGUAGUACUAUGUUACUUGAAGACUGA